CUUUCCGAAGAAGAUAUAAUAAGUUGGAUUCUAAGUGACAAACAUCUCGUAUCGUUUGCUACCAAACACCACAGCCAUCAUUACAAUCAACCCCCCCCCGUAACCCCGGAUUCACAACAUACUAGGAUACCAUUAAAACCCCAUACCAACCCCAGAAACCCCAGGAACCAAAAGAGAAGGAAAAGGAACCCCCCAAAACAACGACCAUGGCACCUCAACACAUCCACCUAAUCCGCCACGCCCAAGGCCACCACAACCUCUGCAUCGCGAACCACUCCCUCCGCGACCCAUCCCUCACCACCCUCGGCGAGCAACAAUGCUCGGAACUCUGGACCACGCACGCCUCCACCCUCAAAAACGUCGACCUCAUCAUCGCGUCCCCCCUCCGCCGAACCCUCUACACCGCCCUCCUAACCUUCAAAUCCCACCUCGCAGCCAACCCCUCCCUCCGCAUCGUCGCACUCCCCGACAUCCAGGAGACCACCGCGCUGCCCUGCGACACGGGCUCGUCCCCCGAGGCGCUGCGGGAAGAGUUCAAAGACUACCCUGCAGUCGACUUGUCGCUGGUGCAGGAGGGCUGGAACGAGAAGCACGAGGGGGCGUAUAGGCCGCGGACGGACCUGAUUGCGAGGCGGACGGCGCGGGCGAGGCGGUUUUUCAGGGAGUGCGAGGGCCUGGAGGUUGCGGUGGUGGCGCACGGGGGGUUGAUGCAUUUUUUGACCGAGGAUUGGGCCGGGAGUAUGGCGGGGACGGGCACGGGGUGGAAGAAUUGCGAAUUGCGGACGUACACGUUCGACGAGAGCGGUGAGGCUGCCAGCGAGAACGCGAGUCUGCGCGAGACGGACGAGUCGUUGAAACGGAGAAGCCAGGACCUCAUUCCCCUUACAGUCGAGGAGCAGACGCAGUUGAGGGAGAUCGCUCAGGAGUCGUGGGUCAAGGAUGGAUUUAUCAGGUUCCCGACUAGAGAGGAGGAGGUGAGUGCUCAUUUGUAGAACCGUUUGGUUGUGAAUAUAGAGGGGUGGAUGCAGAUGGUCAGAUGGUGAGGCUCAUCAUGUUGGAUUUUGUAGACCGGGAAUUGUGAGCAUAGACGAUUAUUUUUUGGGGAUUCGCGAUGCAUGGAUAGAUGAUAAUGAUAAAUAAAAGCAUAGAUAGUUAGUUUGUGUGUAUUUUAUCGGCGAUUGACUCUACCAUAAUCGCCACCCAGUGUAUCACCGCACUACACUCUAAGGG